UUUUCUUUUCUCUUAUAGUUCUCUCUCCAUUUUCAUUUUUCUGCAAUUUCGGCACCCAUCCUUCAUGACGUCUAGCGAAAAGGGUAAGCCGUUACCAAAAUAUGGUGAGUGGGACGUGAACAACCCUGCCUCAGCCGAUGGAUUUACGGUCAUCUUUGCCAAGGCUAGGGAUGAAAAGAAGGGCAACACCCCCAGCGGAGGUCAAGGCCAGCCCAACAAGGAACUGGCUCGAACGCAAUCGCGGUCAUCGACCCAAUAUGACCCUAACAAGAAAAAGUGGCUUUGUUGUUUUUGAAAUGCCAAUGCCGAUGCCAUAGUGUGAAUGAAACUACAAAUGUAAUAUAGAAAACUUAAACUCGAGAGCUUGGCUUUGUACGAUUAUCUUCCGAUCGAUCAGAUGUUCGAGUUGGCGCAAUCAGAGAAGUAAAUGAGGAACCACUAUUGAUAUUUAGAAAAAAAAUAUAUAUUGGAUCAUCAGAUAAAGGGUAGAUACAUAGAUAUUUUUGUUAGGAUGUUAUAUAUACACAUGUAACAUUUUUUUUAUAAUGAGUAGUGAGUCUAUUGACUAGUUUUUUCUUCACGAUUUAUACGUCUCCUCCUUUGAAAGGGGGAAUUUAUGAAAUUCGUAAUAGAAAAGGUGUUGGAAAGAAAUCACGCGAGAUCACGAAAGAUCAGGAGCACAAUAUAUGGAAUCAAAUCAUACCAUAGUUAGAAUGCAAAUAAA